UUAUUUGCAAUAGCUGAUUUUGUCUGGUGAAUAAGUACAUCACGAAAUAUGUCAAAACUACCCAAGGCCUCGAGUGAUCGGCUCUUGAAUCUUCUCUAUACGGCCACGGCCAAGGAGGUUUCGAAUAAGGUGCCGAUAGUGACCAAGCAUUUGUAUGCGAAUCAAGACAGACCGGAGUCUGGCGAAGCCGCUGGCAACAAGUCCGAAUUUGAAACUUUAUUACAGAAUCCAUAUAAUCAUAAACCAAUGAUCCAGGCCAUGGAAGAUAUGGCUCAGAUUGACAGCCGUUCGAUCAAGUCGACUGUGCUUCGAUUCCGGUGUCCGAGCUCUUUACUUACUCCCAAUGAUUUCUACUAUAUAUACCCGAUCAAUCGAGAACGACAAUACUUAUUGAAUGGUUCACUACAUCAAGGAUUGACAUUUUCAGUGGUGAAGGGAAGAAACCCUACUACUUUGAUGUUUAAUGGCUCGUAUUAUUUGAUUUUCCCAAACUAUAAUCAGGCUUGCAUAUACUGGUUGGAAACCAAGCUAAAAUAUAUUAAUGGCUUCAACGUGAAUUUUGAAUUUGUUGAUAUUACAGAAUCAAGUUUGAAAAAUCUAUCCUCGCCGUUUUUAAAACCUAGCUAUAUUUCUUCAAGCUUUGCUAGUGAUACUUUGAAUCCGAACAUUACCCCGAUUCACAAAAUAUUCAAAGAGUCGGAUUACCAUUCAAAAGUCUUAGAAGAGAUUUUUAAAUUACGCAAACAUAACUACGAUCCAGUAAAAUAUACAGAAAAAUCAAUUGAUCCAAUCUUCCAUCAGCUCAACAAAUUCGUACUACCAAAGCUGCGUCAAAAAUUGGUGCUAGUUAAAAAUUUACCCUUCAAUUUAUCCAAAUAUACCUUAUCCAAAUUAUUAUGGAAUUACGAUCUCGAACCCUUAUCCAACCAAUCGCUUUGUUUCACCACCAUAAUAAAUGAUCCCUUGGUCCAAACAAGAUUGACCUUAAUAAGGUUUGCCGACUCUUUGAAUGCCAGAAGGUUUGUUAGAAACUUCCAUGGAAGAAAAUGGGAUAACAUUCAAUUUGCCGAAAAGAAGGAAAGAAAAGUUUACGAUCCCAUUUUAUGUGAACUACUCGAAUAAUGUUGGAAGUGUUUCUUCUGUAAAUAGUCCUUGUCUAUAUCUAUAUUACCUAUAUAGUAUUUAAUGCAUACACGGUC